AAUAAAAAAAGAAUACAAAUCAAACUACAAAGCGACUAUUUUGGCUACAUUUUGGAAAUCUCCAAGUUCAAAGCAACAUAAUCGGGAUAUAAUACGUGUUCAGUGAAUGGUCACAACUUCCCUGAGAGAAACGUGUAUCUUACAACGUAUGCGAUGAAGCUAUUUCAUUGCAUUGUUCUGAUUGUCUUUCUAGGCGUUUGCCAUGUGCAGUCGAAAACACAAAAGAGUUCCGUCGUUGAUGGGAUAACGGAUAUGAAGGAGCUAAAGAAACUAUUCCGUACUAAAACAAACGUUUUGAUACUGUUUGUGGCCGGCUUGAAGGAAAAUACCGCGGUGUUAGCAUCGUUCAAAGAGGCGGCUGAAACUGUAAAAGGACAAGGAACGCUGGUUCUUUUUGAUUGCAACAAUUCAGAGGUUAAAAAGAUUUGCAAAAAACUGAAAGCUCAACCAGCGCCAUUUGUUUUGAAGCACUUUAAAGAUGGUGACUACCACAAAGACUACGAUCGGCAGCUAACGGCAACUAGUAUGGUGAAUUUUAUGCGUGAUCCUACAGGAGAUCUGCCUUGGGAGGAAGACCCGAUUGGAGUUGACGUCGUACACGUCCCGGAUGCGGUGACCUUGGGCAAAUAUCUUAAAAAAGAGACCAGGCCGACUUUGGUAAUGUUCUAUGCACCAUGGUGUGGGUUCUGUAAAACACUUAAGCCAGAGUUUUCGGCUGCUGCAACGGAACUGAAAGGACGAUAUGUCCUAGCAGCAAUUGACGUGAACCGGCCCGAGAAUUCAAUAAUUCGCAAACACUACAACAUUACUGGGUUCCCGACGCUGUUAUAUUAUGAAAACGGGCGUAUGAAGUAUACGUUCGAAGGCGAAAACAAUAAGGCUGGUAUCGUGGCAUUCAUGAAAAACCCAUCCGCUCCUCCUCCAGCCAAACCAAAAGAGCCGGAUUGGGCAUCAGAAAGCUCAUCGGAAAUUGUCCAUCUAACGACUGGUAAUUUUGAGCCCGCGCUCAAGGACGAAAAGUCGGUUCUGGUUAUGUUCUACGCCCCGUGGUGUGGCCAUUGCAAGAAAAUGAAACCCGAGUAUGAGAAGGCGGCUGAAAUUAUGAAAAUCAAAAGCAUUCCCGGUGUGCUCGCUGCCCUCGAUGCGACCAAGGAACCUUCCAUUGGCCAACAGUUUGGCGUGAAGGGAUACCCGACGGUAAAAUAUUUCAGUAACGGCGAAUUCAAGUUCGACGUCAACGUCCGCGAAGCUGAUAAGAUUGUUGAAUUUAUGCAGAAUCCGACUGAACCACCACCGCCGCCAGCCCCAGAGGCCCCAUGGGAAGAUGAACCGACCGAAGUGGUCCAUUUAAAUGACGAAACGUUCAAACCGUUUCUGAAGAAGAAAAAGCACGUACUGGUUAUGUUCUAUGCGCCAUGGUGCGGUCACUGUAAACGAGCUAAGCCAGAAUUUAGCCGAGCAGCAGAACACUUCAAGGAAGACUCCAAAACGGAACUGGCAGCGGUCGAUUGCACCCGCCAUAGUGGUGUGUGCUCAUCUUUCGAAGUGCGGGGCUAUCCUACGAUCAAGUACUUUAGCUACCUUAAAACAGUGCGCGACUACAACGGUGGCAGAACAGAGGCAGACUUUAUUGCCUUCCUUAAGGAUCCCAACGCUGCCCCUUCGAAGACUGAGAAACCAGCCGAACCAUUCGGUGAUUUUCCUGGCUCGGAUAAGAUACUGCUCCUAACGGACGCAAACUUUGAUGAAGUUUCGAAAAAAGAACCGAACCUGUUGGUUAUGUUUUACGCCCCUUGGUGCGGGCAUUGCAAACACAUGAAACCAGACUUUGCAAAGGUGGCUCAACUGUUGGACGAUGAGAAACUGCCCGCCAAAGUAGCCGCUCUUGACUGUACGAUACACACGAAAGCGGCAGAACGGUUCCAGAUUCGUGGCUAUCCCACGCUAAAAUAUUUCUCCAAGGGUCAAUUCUUGCGCAACUACGAAGGCAAACGCACAGUUCAGGAUAUGUUGCAGUUCCUACGUAGCGGUGGUUCGCGAUCUAAAGAUGAGCUGUAGAAAGGUGCAAACAAUCUUUAGGGACUGCAUAAACACGAUAAAUCGGUCUCAUUUUCUUCUUAGUCUAACAAAUCAAAUCGAACAAAAGCAGUUACAGACUCAUUAGUGUAAAUGGGUAAGCCGCCAGCUGCACUCAUUUGCACCACCAUGCUCUCAUAAGGAUCAUUUAUCUAACGCAACAUACGUCUACCUCUUUUCUUUACCUACUCGAUGUUCUUAGUUGAUUGAGUGUAUAUAUUACCUUCUACAUGUCGUGUGUAACGAAGAACAUGCAUUUCUACAGUUAGCAACUAAUAAACAAGGUAUUAAUAUGUA